CAACAACUUUGCUCCCCUCCCGUGGUGCGUGUGUGACGCGUCCGGCGGGGCACGCCCACUCGAGGCACACAUCUCCACGCAAAAAAGGAAAUCCUCCGACAAAGUAGAGUUUGGAUGGACUCGCGGAAAGAGAGCACACGGGCGUCUGGAGGGGGACGUUUAAGGACGAGAUUUCGUCAAGAGGACUCCAAAGGGGGGCCAACGUUUUUCACCCGGCAACUGUCGCUCCUUGGAUGUUAGGAAAAGGAAAUUCUCCACGUGCGGCUUCUGUGCUCGGCUUAUCCUGGACACACCCAGGACUCACUUCAACACAGGAACUCAAUGAGGGAGGGGGAGCCUCAGUUCCUGGAUCAUUUUGAAGUAUAGCCAGUUGUGAGGCAAGAACUCAGCAGGUGAUCGCCACACAGCGAUGGACGACUCCGUUGAGGACUAUGGAAACUACAGCUACGACUACUACCUGGAGUAUGGUGACAUCGAAGAACUUAAAGUAGACCACAGGCAGAAAGAAGCGAUGCACAUUAUUUCUGUCGUCAUCUACAUCAUUUCCUUUGUACUGGGUCUGAUUGGAAACGGGACUGUGAUUUGGGUGACCGGAUGCAAGAGCAAACGGACUGUCAACAGCGUCUGGCUGCUCAAUCUGGCGCUGGCCGACUUUGUCUUUGUGCUCUUCCUCCCCUUCUACAUUGACUACAUCCUGCAAGACUUUCACUGGGAUUUUGGUGUCGCCAUGUGUAAGAUUAAUUCUUUUGUGUUGGUCAUGAACAUGUACGCGAGCGUUCUGUUUCUUACAGUGCUCAGCGUGGACAGAUAUGUCUCGUUGGUCUUUCACAACUGGUCUCAGAGGUCCCGAACGGUCGCUAGAGCCUGGCUCACGAGCGCUUGCAUAUGGGUCACGGCCGUCAUCAUGAGCUGCCCGGCGCUCAUCUUUCGAGACACGGUGCGCUUACAGGACAAAGUGGUGUGCUUCAACAACUUCCACAUACAGGAUGGACAGUCAGCAGCUGCAAAACACAUUCUAAUAGUCUCCAUUCGUACAACAGUGGGCUUCCUCUUGCCGUUCUCUGCUAUAUGCGUGACGGGGAUUCUUCUGACAGUGAGGGUGAACCAAUCCCAAGGCUCCGUUCACGUGACUAGCUUCACCAAAACAGUCAACGCCAUGAUUCUGGCCUUCUUUUUAUGCUGGGCCCCUUUCCACAUCUUUAGCCUGAUGGAGCUAUCCUUACAUUCCUCGCUCUAUCUACAUAACGUGCUGAAAAUGGGAUUUCCUCUGGCCACCAGCUUAGGCUUUUUCCAUAGCUGCAUUAACCCAGUGCUCUAUGUGCUUCUGGGUAAAAAGGUCCGUCUCAUCCUGAAGCGCGGAUGCCUGGACAUAACUAAAAGCUCACUAAGAGAACUCAGCCAGUCCGUGUCGGCCACUGAGGUGGAAUCUGUGCCAGGAGCCCCUCCCGACCAGGACAGUGCACCAGAAGAGCCUGUGGCCUCAUCAACUCUGUGAUUGUAGCUGUCACCGAAAACAUCCAAAGACCGGCUAGUACCUUGUACAUAUGGACACUUAAAGCCUUAUAACAGUUAACAGUAACCUUCCACCUUAGUUAGUUUUUCCACAUGUGCCUUAAUUGGACAGACAGUGAACGUAAAAAGUCUACACACCCGUGUUUAAAUGCCAGGUUUUUGUGAUAUAAAAUAACACGACCAAGAAAAAUAAAUUCGAAGCUUUUUCCAUCAUUUAAGGAACCUAUAAUUUGCAACUCAAUUUAAUUAAAAAAAAAAACAAAACUUUUUGAGAGGGGAUGUAAAAAUAAACAACUGUGUUAAUGCAGUUGCACAAGGGUACCCACCCUCUUAUAAUUGGAAUGUGGCUGUCUUCAGAAUUAACCGAUCACAUUCAAACUCGUGUUAAAUGGGAGGCAGCACACAUCUGUCACUAUUUAAAGUGCCUCUAAUUAACAGAAUAUAAAUUUUAGAUGUUGUAGUUGGCGUUUCAUGGUCUCGCAGAUGUGAAAAUGUUGUGCUAAAACUGACUAGUAUUUGGAACUGUUCAUAAUUCUUUCCAACUUGACUAAAGGUUUAUUUAUACUCGUGCGGGCGGCGACCGUGCUGACGUCACUGCAGCUGUCCCGCGCGCAGUUUGCCUUUAUACUCGAGCGCAACCCACGCGCGCAGUUUUGAAAAUGUACUGCAGUUCCCUGUCGCUACAGCUGGUAUUGGCUAGGACACCACAGGGUGGAAUUUCCUCUGCAUUUUUUGGCCAUUUCCGAUAGCCGUUUUUAUUUUCCUUUCCGUAACAAGGAACAAAGCAACAACAAUGGCAACCGUGGAACAGCGUCUGCUAGAACAAAUGGACCUAGAGGACCAUAUGAUACGUUUUAUUAUGCCGCAAAAUCGAUCAAGAAGGCGGUGGUGUCGGUGUUAUGCGGAACCAAGGGGAAGGCUGAGUACGUCAUCACAGCAUGUGACUAAAACGGACCAAUCACGAGAGAUGAUCUCUGCGGCAUUCUAUGCGCAGCAACAAUUUUUGCCGUGUGCACGUCAGGUGACGCAGAGGGGCCGCGCGGGGGCCAAUGUGUCGGUCACGUGAUGCAAUGUGGGCGUUAACGGCCGCGCGAGCGCGGGAGUAUAAAGAGGCCUUAUGGCCCCAGUUGCAGUUGAAGAAAAACAGCCCCCUGGGUGUGCACAUUUGCGCAACUACAUUAUUUACGUUCUUUAUUUUUACUUUCCCCUCUUGUAAAGAAAAAGAAAAAAAAUGGAGUUGUCCCGGUUAUAGGUUACAGUAAUGGUGGAAAUAGAUUUUAAAUUAUUUAUAGUAUCUUGAUCUCAUUUUUCAUAUCACAAAAACCUGGCAUUUCAACAAGGGUGUGUAGACUUCUUAUAUCCACUGUCUGUCUUCAAACGACAAUUACUACAUACACUACACUACAAUAUUCUGUAUUUUUCCAGUUACUUUUAAAUUGUGUAUACAAAGGACUGUGAGGGCCACACUGCAAAAAAACAUGUUACCAAAAUGAAAUCUUCACAAGAAUAAAGUUAUUCGAAUGAGUGAUUGUCAAUUUGUUUUUGUUUGUCAUGUUUGUCAAUUGUUUGACAAACUAAAAGCAAAGUCCAAGUUGACAAGAACCUCAACAAUCCUAAUCUUAAUACAGGUAUACAUACUGUAUGCUUGUAAUAUUACGACUUUAUGCUUGUAAAAUAACUACAUUCCUCUUGUCAUAGUAAGACUUUACUGUCAUGUUUUGACUUUAUUGUUGUAGUAUUACAGUGUUUUACAGUUUGGCCCCACCACUUGACACUACUCUACAAUCAUUUUACUACAUUAUUUAAUGUCUUUCACAUAAUAAACGUUUCAAAUUCAUCCUCUCAACUGUGGCCUUCUGGAUUUAGAUGAACUCUGGGAUAUUACAAUCAAAUAUAGAGCAACUAGAACAAAACUUUUAGGAAGCUUUGUGUUGGAUGCU